AUGGAUAGCUGGAUGCUCCGAGAACUGGGUAACGAUGAUCAACUAAGGCGAUGCCCAAGGUGUUCUACAUCAAUUACAUUCAGCUAUCGUUAUGGAAAUAUCAUCAAGAGGGUACUGAAAAAAAUUGAAAAUGUAAAGAAAGCCGUAUACGAGAUCGUAUACGAAGAAAUCACUUCUGCCAGUCUUCUUCUACCAAAACGUUACCUGCGCAAUGAUGUAACCAAGCUUAAGUUUCCGCCAAUGGUUCUACGUGUUGUACAGUCAAGACCGUGCACCUGGAAUUGUCCUCACUACCAGUGCAAAAAUCUCUGUGGAGAGGAAUGCGAUCGCCCUCGCUGUGAUGCUCCCUGUCCCAAAAAACUGCCUUGUCGCCACCCCUGUAUUGGCUUGUGUGGAGAAAACUGCCCCACUGUGUGUGCCAUUUGCCAUCCUAAGAAGCUUUCUUCAAUGUUAGCGGAUGGACGUGGAAACAAAACGGAACCCACACGAUGUUUGCAACUUUUCGACUGUGGUCAUAUCAUAAAGGUUGAAGAGAUGGAUAGGUGGAUGCUCCGAGAACUGGGUAACGAUGGUCAGCUAAGGCGAUGCCCAAAGUGUUCUACAUCAAUUACAUUCAGCUAUCGUUAUGGAAAUAUCAUCAAAAGGGCACUGAAAAAAAUUGAAAAUGUAAAGAAAACCGUAUACGAGAUCCUAUACGAAGAAAUCACUUCUGCCAGUCUUCUUCUACCAAAACGUUACCUGCGCAAUGACGUAACCAAGCUUAAGUUUCCGCCAAUGGUUCUACGUGUUGUACAGUCGUAUUCAAACACAAGGAACUGGCUCGAUUUGCCGCACGCGCGUGGCCGCUUUGCCAUUUUUAUGUUCACACUAAAAAAUCACCUGUUCAUUCUACAGCAAGCGCAAAGAACAGAUGAAGUCCUAAAAAAGGCGUUUAUUGGUCUUCGAGGAAGUUCACAACAACAAGUGGAGCUGAAAGAACUAUGGAACAACACCAAAGAUGCAAUCGAAAAGAUUAAAGUGUACCUGGAGGAACCUCAACUUGAUUUGAAAACUCUAAGUCAAGUGUUUGAACAGACAAGAAAGUUCUUUCUUUUCUCUCAAGUUUUAGAGGCCCAAAGCAAGGCUAUGAUGCGUCAGAUCCCUUUGUCAAGCAAUGGUACAACUCGACUGAGGCUGGCAUGCCAUCGCUUCAGAGUCUUUCUUAAAGGUAACGACGAUGUUCUAGACCUCGAAUGGCUGAGAGAAACGGUCAACUUGUUGAGAACAGAGAUGAGCCUGCCACUCCUCCCUCUUGAAGCAAAAGACUUCGCAAAUUUCCCAGGGUACCAAAGAGACGUCUGGAAAUCAUGCGACCAAGGCCAUGUUUAUUUCACGGGAUGGAUUGUGCGAGGUGGCGAAGACAUUCCGGUUGGAAGCGAAGGAUGCAGGAGGUGUACAGCAGAGCAAUGAAAAUGGAAGAAGGACAGUUAACUGAAUGGAAAAGUGUCAUUAUUUUUCAUGGCAACUAAUUCUUACGUAGUGCUUCUGAUUAGGUGGAAAGGUGAAAAGUUCCACGUGGUUGUGCGCGGUGAAUCAAAUUUGUGAUUAAAGGAUAAAGUUACAAGAACAUGAAUCCACUGAAGGUUAUUGAAGAAGGCUGAAUGCAGCAGACUCGUGGCACGAACAACAGUUCAUCUGGGGUUGAGUUUUGAACGGCAUGACAGGACGUCACAGAUUUGAUGAAGUGCUAUAAACAACUAAUUUCUAGACGAAGAAACAAGAAGGCGUGAAGAAGGUCUUUUUGACUCAUGAAAAUCUCUAAAGCAUAUAGUCACGAAGCCAUUUAACCCUAAGAAGAGAAAAUAGGUUGGAAGGUGGAAUGGAAACGCCAACUAAGCCUGAGUGAGGUGGAGUGUCAUGCAGCAGGCUGUAGAUGAAUAUGUGAUCUUCCAGAGGUUGCACCGGGUUCUCAGGAAGCCUUAUAAUGGAGAUGUCAAAAUCUCAUACAAUAGAUGAAUAACUCAUAGCCAGGACAGUCUUAAAUAAAAAGAGCUGCCUUUGGUUGGUCUUCUGUUUCAAUGACAGUGUUUGGAAUCAGUUCUAUUCACCGUCUGGCAUCUACAGCUUUGGCUGGAACUUUUCGACAGAGGGAACAGUUGAAGAGAUAGAUAUCCUGUUGGAGAAUGUGUUAACUGCUGUUCGCAGGCGUACAGACAACAACUGUGUUUCUGAAGAUGUCUUCAUUGCCCUUAUAACCAUUGCAAUAACAUUUGUGGAAUGGAAUACGACCGCCCUUGCUGUAAGCCCAUCAGCGCCAGUUUGUGCAGAGGAGCAGUCUACAAUAGCUCUCAAGACGUUCAAACUCCAUAUGUUUGUAUCCAGUUCGACAGGCGCAAAUUUUGAAUUUUGAAUAUUCACAGUCUCGAGUCCUUAAACACAUGGUAAAGAACUGACAAACCGAAAUGAACAGUGAAAUAAGUGAAGUUAAUUGAAACUAGAGCAUAACCGAGAAGGAAGGCAGUUGAACAAUCAACACCCGAUUCAGUAGUUCACAUUUGGUUGAUAUAAGAGACUAUCAACUAUAGCAGCAUCAAGCAUAGAAACUUCAAAGAACAUUUAUCAUAAAUGAAUCUAAAACAAACUUAGUAGUCUGCAAGUAACUUUGAUUUUUAAGUCUGUAGUCGCAUUUUUUUUGAAACGCGCGCUUAAUAUUCAGUGCAAAAAUGGGUUAAACUAUACCACAAAAAAGAUUAAGCAUUAGCAAAUGACUCGGCGCCAAGUUUUUGUUAGUUUAGCUGGAAAUCACGUUCUUGUAAAAUCACUGUCAUUUUCAGUAUGUAAUAGACCAAUUUCGAUAUAUUAAAAUUCAGCCUAAAACAAUAGACCUCAGCACCAGGCUUCAGGGA